AUGGACUUCUCUCUGGGCCUAAGGCUGGGGCCUCGAAAUAAGAAGGCUACCCACCAGGAGCCCCUUCCCUCCUCUGGGCACGGACCUCCAAGUACCUCUCCCUGCUUUUCUUGUCCCCCUUCUGCCUGCGCCUGCCCCUGUCCCAGCUGCCCCCUUCCCGCCUGCUCCUGUACCGCUUGUCCAUCCUAUACAGCUACCUGCCCUUCCUGCCCAGGCCUCCCUGGCUCACCCUGCACCUGCUCCUGCCCUCCUUGCCCUGCCUGUCCUCCAUCCACGUGUCCCCAUACCUACUGCACCCCCUGUUCCAGUCCACCCAUGACCUACUGCCAUCCCUCCGCUUGCCCCGUGUGCCCCUGUUCCAUAGGCCAAACUGCCUGUCGCAGCUCCCACCCGGGCUUCAGUGGCAGCUACAGCUGUAGUCACGGAACUGCCUGGGGGCCUCGGGGUUCCACCGGCUGCUGCAGCAGCGUCUGCUUCAGGAGACGGAGGGCGUCCCAAGGGCUCUGCCUGAUCAUCUAG